UGCAAAAUGGCGACUGUCAUGAUCUCGAGGUGUCCUUGCAAAUUCUCCAAAUUUCCUUGGAAAUCUCACGUCAGAAAGGCGUCAAACGCAUAUUAUGUGUUAUUGCCAGAAAUCCCUCCUGAUGAACCAGAGACGAACCCUGUGAUGCGAUUAGAUGACUUUCCAGCAUUCAAAUCAAUCAACCCAAGCAACGUCAUCAGUGGUUGUGCCAAAUACUGUAUUCAAUAUGAAACUCAACUCGGGGACCAUUUUGAAAGAUUGAAAGAUCCCAAGUACAAGAAAACAUUUUCUUCAGUCCUUGAACCCAUUGAGAAGAUCACUGUCCCUCUUAACAGCACAUGGAGAACAGCAAAACACUUGAACUAUGUUUGUGGGAGUGAAGGGUAUAGGCAGGCUUUCGAACUGCUUCACCCCCAAGUGGACCGAGCUAAAAAUGAACGAUGGAUUAACGAAACCUUAUACAACUCGGUCAAAGAAGUCAAUGCCGACAGAGAAACACUCACAGAAAGUCAGCAACGACUUGUGGAUAUGUAUCUACUUGAGGGACGAUUAAAUGGGAUUGAAAUUAAAGGAUCCAAUAAAAAACGCUUCGUAGACACACUAAGGAAGUUAUCAGUGGAAAGAGGACAUUUUAGGAAUAAAACGAUGCUGAGUGGUAACCUGUUUUCUCAUCAAAUCGAGGACUUUUCCAAAUUGUCAGAGUUCCCUCGACAUGUGCUCAAUCUUAUGGCAAAAGACAAGUUGAAUCCGAGUCGAGGUCCUUGGGUGGUCACCCUUCAGCCAACCGUAUACAACUCAUUCUUAGAACACUGCAGCGACAGGAUGCUGCGGUGGAACGUGUGGCAAGCUUACAACAACCGUGCAUCCGUGGGACACAAUGACCAGAACUUGGCUAAUCACAAGGCAAUCAAUGAGCUCAGAACUCAUAGACGAGAUAUUGCAAAUCUACUCGGCUACGAUAACUAUGCUCAGAUGUCGAUGGAAACCAAGAUGGCAGGCAAUGUAGAAAAUGUCCUCAACAUGAUUGAAAGUCUGAAGCGUGUCUUUAAGCCUGCCGCUGAGGAGGAGAUUGCCACCCUGCAGGAGUUUGCGCAGUCAGAAGGGUUCACUGGAACACUAGCAUUAUGGGAUAUCCCAUACUGGCAGCGACGCCAGCGCGAACAUCUACACAGGUAUGAGGAGAGUGAGAUCCAUGAGUAUUUCCCUCUGUCCUCUGUCCUCUCAGGAUUAUCUGCCAUCUGUGAUAAAAUAUUUGGAAUCAAAAUCAAAGACUGCACUAACGAAGUACACCUGUGGCAUCAAGAUGUAAAGUUCUAUAAGCUCUUCAAUAAAAAUGGGGAGUAUCUCUCUGCCUUCUACAUGGAUCCAUUCCUGAGGCCAUCAGACAAGAUAUCAGGAACAUGGAUGGAGAGUGGGCGAGAUCGUUCCGAUGUUGUUGGCACCAGUACGUUCUCCUACCUUAAUCUCAACAUACCUCCACCACUGCCUGGCCAACAAGUGCGGCUCACAUUCAGAGAGGUUGAGUCAUUAUUUCAUGAGUUUGGUCAUGGUCUUCAGCAGAUGUUGACGACAGUCCCAUACAGCGAGUUGUCUGGUCAGAAAAACAUUGAGUGGGAUGCCCUGCAGAUCUGUGCCACGUUCAUGGUGAAUCUCCUCCGUGAGCCUGAGAUUAUCAACAAGCUGAGCAGCCAUUCACAGACAGGAGAAUCAAUACCAAAUGAAUUGAUCUCAACUGUCUAUUCAUCCCGUGAUCACAUGUCGGCCUACAAGAUGAUGAAACAACUCUACAUUAGUGCAUUUGAUAUGGAGCUGUACAUCAGUCCUGACCACUGGCACGAGAUCAUGACUCGCACGUGGCCUGAGUACAUGCCAGUGGCCCUCAGCGACGAGGACAACCAUCCGUGCUCUCUUACCCACAUCUUUUCCGAUCAAUACCCUGCUGCCUACUAUUCAUUCAAGUGGUCCGAGAUGAUUGCUGCUGACAUCAUGGAGGAAUUCAAGGAAGUCGGUUUCAGUGAUGUAGAGAAAGUGGCAGAGAAGGGAAAAAGGCUCAUGGAAUCUUUCCUCACUCUUGGUGGUGGCCUCCCAGCAAGUGAAGUCUUCCGCAAGUUCAAAGGUCGUGACCCCUCUCUCGAUGGACUUAUCAAACAAUUUGGCAAGUCAGUGAAUGGUAAAUAAUCUCUGAUCGCUGUUUCAGUGUGUGAUGUCAUAAUGCAUUCAGAACUUGACUGCUUUGUGGUCAGUUUCGACCGGAUGGAACGGGACAUUUUUACUGUCAAUCUUGGAUGCCUAACAUACAUGUAUGUGCUACAUGUAGGAAGGGACAUGGACAUAUGUGCUAAUGUAAAGAUAUUGGAGGGCCAAGGAAUACGUAAGUGUGCGAAUACCAGUUGACGACUCCUGGCCACUGUCGAAGUAGUCAGUGAUUUUGAAGACUUGUUUGACCUAUUAAAUUUUCAGAAACUGUUUCAAGCAGCCAAGUUGAGGUUCUAAAUGAGCGUUUUCUACAAAUUGAAACUUUCCCACAUCAUGUCAAUGUCAUAUCUGAGAUUUUAGUUGUAAAUAUUUGUAUAAAUCUCAUGUGCCUAAUAAACCAAUGUUUCCGA